UUAAACUAUUAGGCCUGCAUGCACCAAACAAAUAAAUCAUGGUUUCUUUUUACUAUAUGCGCCUACUCUUAACCGGCCUUAAAUCUUGUCAAUUUAAACCCCCCAUCCUUCAUUACAUAUCCUUCAAUUUCUCAAGUAGAGAACAAAAACCAACAUCCUCCUCUACCUACAUUGUUAGCAAAAUGGGAGACAAAAAAACAUUAACAAUGGCUAGAAAAGAGCUUGAAGAUAUGUAUGUUGGAGUUGCAGAUGACUCUGUGAACCUCUCCUUCCAAGAAUUGGCUCAAGUCAUGCACAAGAAUGCCGAAAAGAAGAAGCCCUCUCCUUCCACCACAAUGUCCCCUAUCUCCGAGGCCGCCCCACCACAAAACUCUCCCUCCUCCCUAUCCAAACUCCCCAGCCUAGACUUCAGCAGAGCUCUACAACAUGCUUCCCUCAACCACCACCAAGGCGAUUCUCAUCGCUCACACGGCCACGUCCAUGUCCACAGUCACCACCAUGGGGCCGGGGUUAGGUCUCCCGCCCCCAUGGACCACAGGAGCUUCACAUCAUACGAUGAUAUGAGUCACGCGAGUGACAUGAGCUCUGUGUCUACCUAUGGAGGCGGAGGCGGAAGGAGGAGGCGUAGGCCGGGGAUUCCCCACUCCAACAUCUGCGCCGUCUGCUCCACCUACACCUACAUUUUUCGCCACCGUUGCCUGGUUUGUGGGAGAGUUUACUGCAGGCAAUGUGUUGCAAUUGGAAUGGGAGACAUGAAGGAAGGAAGAAAAUGCAUAGACUGUUUAGGCAGAAGAUUCAGCCAAAGAUACAUCAACAAGGCAGGAAAUGUAGGCUGCUGUUUAGGAUAUCCCUCCGCAGUCAAACAGCAAGAGCUCGAGUGGGCCGAGAAGGGGCCGCGGACAAGAGGCGACGCCACCCACCGCCACCGCACCACGGUGGCCCCCACACUGACACCAAGCAGUCAUCACCACUCUCCGAAUCCCCCUUCAUCUCCCUACUCAAAUACUAGCCACCAUUUCUUACCUUUGUAGUAGCAUCUCUUGCACUUCCAAUUCUCUGACAACAAUGUUGUAGUAGUAACUUUUUUCACUUCACAAAUCUAUGUAACUCAUUUUUUCAA